UCGAGGUAUUGGCAGACAGCUCUUCAGCAAUUCUUCUCCUUCUUCUUCUUCUUCUUCUUCUUCUUACAUCACCAGUUAUUCUUUCCUUUUUUGGUGCCGUUAAUUACAGUCAUUCCUCGUCACGCGUCUUCCAAUAUCCUGCAUAUUCAUCGUUUCGGAAAAGCGCGUCCACCUUCCAUACCCGUUCUCAAUCUAUAAAAUAUCAUCACGAGGACAUUCAUAUUGCCAAUAUAACAAUAUCCUAUCUCCAAAAUAUCACCAGAUAUAUACUUGUAUAAGCACAUACAUUCAUCUCAAUUCACCUUCAAUCACUUGUCAACAUGUCCUGCAUGCAAAUCAAAGCAACCUUUUCAAAGCUCAGCAGUAAAUGUGCUGAAACCUUCCGAAUGAAGCCAAAAACACCCAAACCUUUAUCUAUCGUAAGCAUCUAUAUCAUUUGCACCUUCGUUGAACAGUAACUCUAACAUAGCAAUCACAGAGCGCACCCUUCAACUUCCAAGAAGGCCCAGCAGUAAAUCUCCCCGGCUAUUCCGAGGAUGAGUAAGUUGGCCUUCCCAGCACUCAUCCCUUAUCUCAUAUGCUUGAAUACUAAUGUCGGUAUACAGAAUAUCACUCAUGAAGGAGAAAGCCAUUGCAUCGACGGCCGUCGUCUCGGAUAACCACCACGGGAAUCUCAAUCGAUGCUACGAUUCAGAUAUGUCUGAUUCACAUUCCAGGACGGGGUCUCAUGGGUGUGGAAUUGGAAGGAGUGUAGCCUAUCAUGCGAGAAGGGCUAGUAGGGGAUGUAUGCAUGGUCAUUAAGAUAGCAGGCGAUGCAUAGAUUGAGUGGGUGGUGGUUGUCACUUGUAUGAGUAUGUUGGUGUACGAUAUUGGGUGGGCGGGAUGGCUACGCAGGUUGCUUUGGAGUUAUAUGGAUGGGGUAGAUGAAAGGUUGUUAUAAAUUGUUAGCGGAUGGUGUUGUGGCGGUGCGGAAAAAGGGAACUUUUUGUCAUAUUCAUAUAAGUGAUAUCGGGGACCGACACUGAAUGGUAGUGGGAAUAGGAAUAUAUGGCUCUCGGUGGCUUUAUACAAAUUGAUAGAACUAAAGAUGGAAUCAAUAAUUGACUAUU